AAGAUAGCUUUCAGAGGUACCAGUCGCUAUUGGACUAGUGCAGAGCCCAGUGGAAGACUGACAGAUGUGUUCAAUAACGUUAUCAUGACAGGUUGCAGCUCCUUCUAUGAUUGCUACAAGUUGCAGAGUGAAGAGAAUAUAGAUUUGCAUCAGACUUACAGUACUUCGCUUCCUACAGCCUCUGAAUGUUCAAACCAUGCUGACUCUUCUCUUUUCUAUGUCCCGUGGUCUACAUAUACAGAUGACAUUAAACAACCCCUUAGUUCUCAGAUUAAUGUAAAGAACAGGAUUCAAGCAGAAAGAAGUGACUAUGGCAGUGAAACAGACUUAUAUGGACUUGUAUCUAACAUCUUGGAAGAACAAGAUAAAUCACAGCCAUAUUUUGCAGAGGGGGCAUGUGCCUCCAGUUUAAAAUCAGUAUGGCCUGUGAACACUAACCGAUUUACAGACCCCCCUGACCUGCUGUCAGAAACAAAGAGACCAGUAGAUGGAGCUAUCCCUCAACAGGCUUUUUAUGGUGGAGAAAAUUUAUCAGUGUUGGACAAACAGUAUCUGCAUGCUGGUAACCUAACUUUGCAACAGAAGGUGGAUGACCUUUACCAUGGGCUCACUAACAUCGACCUUGAAGAGCAAUGGCUGUACCCUUCUCGGAGUGAUCAUGUCAGUAGUUAUACUGAGAAUGCAAAGGCUCCACAGUUUCAAGAUUUUUCCUAUGUGAAAGCAUGUUUUACCCAGCAAACCAGUCUUUCAGAGGCAAUAAAAGAAUCUGGAGGAGAUGCUUUUGCUUAUGGAAGGGAUAAGGUGGGCCCCAAGGGACAAGAUACACAGGUGAACCAAAAAAGAGCUGAGAUAUUUUUGUCACAAUUUAACAGAUAUGGCGAAUGUGCUGAUUAUUGUAGAUACCCAGAGUAUUCCCAUCCAAAUAAAGCAAAGAAUAAUAAAAAUGUAAAUUAUGGUGUCCAAGACAGUAAAAAAUUACCAACUGGAACACCUGAGUUACCAGCCUUAGAAACAGAUAAUUAUAGUAAAUUGUUCCAGAAUAAGCCAGCUGUCCAGAAGAAAAUGGAAGAUGUUUCUUUGGAACAGCAAAAUUUUACAUUUCAAAAAACUUCAGGACUCAUGUCAGAAAAGCAGUUUGUGAAUGAAACUUCUUUUACCACGGACCUUGGUUUAAAAUCAGAUUUUGCCCUAAACUCUCACACAGCUGUCCCAGGGAGUGGUGAUUUUACAAAUGGUGCAGAAAAUUCUGACUAUUUCAAAUCACUGAAUAUUUUAUCAACAAACACAGGAACUACUUCCUCAAGCACAAAUAUAAGGCCAGCAUGGAUCAACAUCCAAACAAAAGUAAAUUCUGUCCCUACUCGGAAUCAAGGCACCUUGAUAAAGUUGAAUAAUAAUUUAUCUGCAGGUUCAAAAGGUUCUAGUCGUUCUUACGAUUUUUCUCAGUUACCAUCGACCAAUGUAAAUUUAAAUAAUAAUUUGUUGCUUCAGAAAUAUUGUCAAGAAACACCCACAGUAUUUUCCAGUUUUGAUUUUAAUGAUGGCAGUGCUACAGAUCGAAUUCAAUCUGCCAGUCAUACAGAAGGACUGAGUAAGGUGGGAGAAGAAAGCCUCUUUGAGUCCAUUAUUGACAAAAAAAUUAAGCCAUCAAAUGGUUUUUUUGAUAACUAUUCACAGCAAUAUGGGAUAAUUGAAAAUGUGAACAAGAACAGUUUUCAAGCUAAGCCACAAAAUGGACAUUAUGAUGCAGAGGAAGGACACAAGACUCUAGAUGGACUGUCACAGAACACUUACCAAGAUUUAAUAGAGUCUCAGGGCCACUUCAGUAGCCACAGGCAAGGAAGUGGUGACAAUAAUAUUGUCAAUAACCGUGUGAAUCGCACUCAGGCGUCAUGCUUUUCAAAUAAUUUCAUGAUGGGAGACUUGAGGCAAAGUCCAAGCAUCUCGCAGCUUGGCUCCAACAGGUUUCCUAUAAAAUCCACCCACCCAUUUGGACACUCUGUCAUUCCUCUGAUGGAUUCCUAUGAUUUGUUCUCCUACGAUGACUUAAGCCACUUGUAUCCUUAUUUUAACGAUAUGAUGUAUGGAGACCACUCUUUCACAGGCUUCAUGCCAACAUUUGGAUUCCAAAGACCAAUGAAAACUAGGAGUGGACCAGCCAGUGAACUUCAUAUUAGGUUGGAAGAAUGUUAUGAACAAUGGAGAGCUUUGGAAAAAGAACGUAAAAAGACUGAGUCAGCUCUUGCCAAGAUUUACCCAGGGAAGAAGGUGUCCAGUACUAAUAAUACUCAGAUUCCCAGACUGACAUCAAAUCCAUCCAGAGUUGAUCGUUUAAUUGUUGAUCAGUUGCGAGAACAAGCCAGAGUUGUGACUUUGCUAGGAAAAAUGGAACGUCUUCGAAGUUCUCCCCUCCAUGCUAAUAUAUCUACUGCUCUUGAUAAACUCCUGGAAGCAAUUCACAUUGUGCAGUCCCGUAGAAAGGAUGAAAUUGUUAAUGCUUCACAUCGGCAGAGACACGGAGCUCCACGAUGCCAAGAUGACAGAGAUGUUUUUGCUCUUGCACUGGCUGUUAAAGAGAUGUGCACAGCAACACGCAAAGCACGCACUAUUCUGUGGUGUGCUCUUCAGAUGUCCUUGCCAAAAACAGCCCCUCCAUCCGGACCAAUGGAGAUGGAUAAAGCUUUUCAAGAGAUAAUCCAUCCAGAAGAUAAGAUGUAUGAACAACUUAAUAGUGGCCAUCCUGCGAUCCAGAGAGGAGAAACCAAAAAACAUUGA